CCUCAAACUCACAGCAGUCCUCCUGCCUCAGCCUCCUGAGUGCUGGGAUUACAGGCAUUUGCCACCAAGCACGUUCUUGCCUGUCAAGAACUCUUGAAUGUUAGGAAGAAGCUCCUGCACCCUGGGUCCCAAGCUGUGGAGGGAUAGAUGUGGCCCUAAGAGGGCUGCCCCAGCACAACUGCCCACCCUCCCCGAUAGCUCCGUGACUCAGCUCGGCAACCAUGCUAGCUUCAAGCUUGCUGCCAGGCCAAGAGGAAGUGACCUGGACAGGGUAGGGCCCAGAAGUAGGAGGGAGAGUGUCUCCUUUCACUUUUCCUACCAUCUGAGGACACACUGGAGAGCUGGAGAGGACAGGCACCAGCCUCUUCCUUGGCCAGAGUGGACAAACUGGCCAAGUCCUGACCUUGCCCUUGUGACUAGGGGGAGGGAUGUAACUGAGGUACAGAGAGGUGGUUCUGGGCCUGGGCUGGAAAUGGGGAUGGUGUAGGCAGGGAGGAGUAGUGUAAGCCCCCAAAGGGCAAGCCCAAGUGGGCCAAGUGGGUGCUGUGAGUCAAGAUGGCCCGCAGGGGCCCCUGUUCCCCAAGACAACCAUGGCUCCAAAACGAAAAUCUUCAGCGAAGACUGAGAACCCUGAGAAGAAGGGGCGACAGGAGCCAGGGGAGGAGGACAACUUCCAUUCCACCGCUGAGGCCCUCAGGGCGGCACCUGCAGAGAAGCGCAUAAUCCGUGUGGACCCCAACUGUCCACUGAGCAGCAAUCCUGGCACCCAGGUACACGAAAACUAUGACUGCACUCUGAACCAGACCAACAUCAGGAGCAACAACAACAAGUUCUAUGUCAUCCAGCUGCUGGAAGAUGGCAGCCACUUCUUCUGCUGGAACCGCUGGGGCCGAGUGGGAGAGGUGGGCCAGUCAAAGAUGAACCACUUCACCUGCCUGGAAGAUGCAAAGAAGGACUUUGAGAAGAAGUUUCACGACAAGACCAAGAACAAAUGGGCAGAACGGGAACACUUUGUGGCCCACCCCGGCAAAUACACGCUUAUUGAAGUGCAGGGAGAGGCCGAGACCCAGGAAGCUGUGAUGAAGGUAGAUGGAGGCCCUGCAGGGCCUGUGGUUAGGCAGGUGAGGCCCUGCUCUCUGGACCCUGCCACCCAGAAGCUUAUCACCAACAUCUUCAGCAAGGAGAUGUUCAAGAACGCCAUGACCCUCAUGAAUUUGGAUGUGAAGAAGAUGCCCCUGGGGAAGUUAAGCAAGCAGCAGAUCGCACGGGGCUUUCAGGCCUUGGAGGCACUGGAGGGGGCUCUGAAAGCCUCUGCAGAUGGAAACCUGAGCCUGGAGGAGCUGUCCUCCCACUUCUACACCGUCAUCCCACACAACUUUGGCCGCAGCCGGCCCCCGCCCAUCAACUCCCUCGAGCUUCUGCAGGCCAAGAAGGACAUGCUGCUGGUGCUGGCAGACAUUGAGCUGGCCCAGACCCUGCAAGCAGCCAGUGGGGCGGAGGAGAGAGUGGAGGAGGUGCCACACCCACUGGACCGAGACUACCAGCUCCUCAAGUGCCAGCUGCAGCUGCUGGAUUCUGGAGCACCCGAGUAUAAGGUGAUACAGACCUACUUAGAACAGACAGGCAGCACCUAUAGAUGCCCGGCUCUGCAGCAUGUUUGGAAAGUAAACCGGGAAGGUGAGGGAGACAGGUUCCAGGCCUACUCCAAGCUCAGGAAUCGGAGGCUGCUGUGGCAUGGUACCAACGUGGCUGUGGUGGCUGCCAUCCUCACCAGUGGGCUUCGCAUCAUGCCACAUUCUGGAGGCCGUGUUGGCAAGGGCAUCUACUUCGCCUCAGAGAACAGCAAGUCAGCUAACUAUGUUACUGCCAUGCGCUGUGGGAACCACCAGGUGGGUUACAUGUUCCUGGGCGAGGUGGCCCUGGGGAAAGAACACCACAUCACCAUGGAUGACCCCAGCUUGAAGUGCCCACCCUUUGGCUUCGACAGUGUCAUUGCACGAGGACACACAGAGCCUGAUCCUACCCAGGACAUUGAGCUGGAGCUGGAUGGCCAGCGAGUGGCGGUGCCCCAGGGCCAGCCCAUUCCAUGCUCAGAAUUCAGCAGCUCCCACUUCUCACAGAGUGAGUACCUCAUCUAUCAGGAGAGCCAGUGUCGCCUACGCUACCUGCUGGAGAUUCACCUCUGAGCCGCUAUCCUCCUCCGGGUCCUGUGAGGGGCUGGACCAGGAUCAUUACUCAUCCUCACUCUCUCUUACCCCAAAUUACCCCUCCUUUCUUCCCCAAGAAUAUAUCUAUGCCUGGUGUAUAGGAACAUCUCUGUAAUCCCAGUAUUGAGUAGGCUAGGGAAGGAAGAUCACUUGGGCCCAGGAGUUAAGGCAAGCCUGGGCAACAUAGUGAAAACUGUAGCAAAAAAAAAAAAAAAAAAAAAAAA